AUGGAAAGAAUUAUUUGUGAACAAAUUUACUCUUUCCUGGAGAAGUCCGACUUGUUGGAUCUGCGCCAGGCUACUUACAGAAGGUCACGUUCUACCCAGACAUGCCUCGUCGACUUGCUUGAUGAUAUUAGACAUGCUGCGGAUCAAAGGAGGGUCACUAUCUGUGUUUUGUUCGAUUUUUCGAAGGCAUUUAAUAGGGUGCAACAUAAAAUUUUAAUUGACAAGCUUAAGGGUUUGCAUCUUUCUUACUCGGUGCUGACAUGGGUUGCAUCAUAUCUCACAGGCAGGACACAGGUGAUUAGGGACAGUGGUAGCGGUUCUGUGUCGAACCUUAACAUCACUGCUAGUGUUCCGCAAGGCUCUGUUCUGGGGCUUUUCAGCUUAUAUCUAUCUGAUUUUGGGAGCACUCAACAUUGCAGAUAUAAUUUUUAUGCCGAUGACUUGAUCAUUUAUUUGGAUUGCGAGCCGUGUAGGCUAAUGGAAGCCAUUAGUGGGAUAAAUGAGGAUAUAACUUCAAUAGUCUACUGGGCUACUGCUAAUCAACUCGUAUUAAAUGAGGCUAAAACGCAGACUAUUAUUGUUGGCAUUAUACGUUAUGUCAACUCUAUUGACCUCGAAACACUGCCAAGCAUCAUGGUUGGAGAGACUCCGGUUCAAUUUGCCAAGGAUAAACCUUGGAACUGUUAUAUUCAGCAAUUUGUCAUGGGAUACUCAGGUUGGUGGCGUGACAAAGAGGAUCAGAGUGAUACUGUACCAGCUGACACUUAA